AUGAACUCAAAGUAAAACGAUUAUUCUGACGACUUACUUGAAUACAAUAGUAUCUUGAAUGAAUCGACCACAUGUUCUUUAGCUUCACAAUCACUUUAGGAUGGACCAGAAGUAUAGCUUUAUAAUCAAAAUAAAAAACAAUCUUAAAGUGAGGGCCAAAGUACCCUUACCAUUACUACUACUAUCAUCAGAAUUGCAUCCAGACCCAGUAGAUUAAUUUCAGAAGAAAAUUUGUUGAAAUUAAGGUAUGCUAUUGCUAUUGCUCAGACAAUAUUAUGGUCUAGCACUCUGAUUGAUUACAAAAUUGAUUACAUAUUUUACUAUUCUAACUGGGGCAACUUUUGUACAACUGUAGUAUUCUGGCUAUUAGUGUUCAGUCAUCAUCCUUCCAGAAAUGAAAGGUAUCACUCUUUAGUUCUUGAUUUUUACGAAAUUGUCCUAGCAAUGGAAUAUCUUAUAAACUUACUAUAUUGGACAUUGAUAUAUGAGCAGAAAUAGAUUGAAUUCUGGAAACCAGAAACAUAUCGAGGCCCAUUCAUCAAUCAUUUAUUUCCAUUUUUGCUGCUAAACUUUGAACUAAUCCUCAAUGGCAUUGAAUUCAAUUACAAAAAAAAUUAUUGGACUGAUGAAUAAUAAUGUAAUCAAAAAAUACUUGAUUAUAAAGUAAGUGGAUGGUCAAAUUUAGUAGAUAAGUGA